AUGUUAAAAUUUCUCGGCUUUCUUACUUUUUCACCAAUCAUUCGCUUUGUUGCUUCACUUGAAGAACCUGAAUACCUUGAUUUUAAGGAAUAUAUGAAAAAAUCCAUGGACGAAUUUGAAGCAGACAGAUACUUUAAUGACUCUGAAUCUGAUUUUUUCAAGGAGUAUAAAGAAGCCUUCGAAGAAUUUGGUUUAGGUCCUAUAGAUUCGUUCGAAAAGGAAUCAAAGCUCUACAUUUGUCGAGAAUUGGACAAAGGAGUAUUCGCCGCUUUUUCUCUUGCUCGUUAUCUUCGCGAAAAAACGGUUAAUUCUCGAUCACAAAGACAAGAAAUAAUCCAUUUAAUUCAUCGUAUUAAAGAUUAUAUAAAAGAAUUAGAGAAUAAACUUGGUAAGAUUGAUAGUGAGGAAUUAGUAGACGAAUAUGAAUGUAUUAUUAGAGAAGAAGGAAUUUGGGAAAAAGAAAAAGUGGAAUAUCGGCAUUUCUGGUUGGAGGAACUACUUCCACCGAAACGAGAUUCUAGAACAUCACAGAGUAUGGUCUUUCAUUUACAUCAGGAAAGGAAGUUUGAUCGAAUAAUUUCUACCAGGAUUCCCAUCCAUGAUGAGUUCCUCUUGCUCAAGAAGGCCAUUCAAUAUGUACCUAAACUGAGUGCGAGAUAUCAAAAUUUCAAUUUGCUUACUGCAAAUGCUUUCCAAAAGCCUGAAAAAGUGCCAGUGCUGCUUUUAAGUGAUACCGAAAUCCUAGGCUCUCAAGUUCUUGGACUUUCACCAGAUCAAAACAAGCGUGACAUUAUCAGUACUUGUAUUCCGAGCUUUCGCCCAGUUAGUAUGGCUUCCCAAUUCGGAGCAAAACGGUGUUGUAGGACAUACACACGCAACUAUACCGACAUGUUAAGUAUUCAGUUUUCAGAUUGUCGACACAAAGUGUUAAUGAUUUUCUUCUAUUCCAAUUGUGGAGGAUGGUUUGAAAAUCCUAACGAAUAUAUGAAGGAUUACCAAAGCGUUUGUCUUACUUUGUAG